UUUUGAACCGUGAAUUAAAAAAAAUCUAACACGUGUUUCUUGCUUUUCUCUCCAUUCUGUCGAAGAAACCGAGGAGUUCGAGUCAAUUGUAUCGAUGGCAGAGAAGCUGAACGAGCAGGUGAUGCUCUCGAUGGAGGAUGCGCAAACAGAGCAGGGAACCGCUGAACCAAAAGAGAACCACGAAGAAGAACAGUCGGAAAACAUCAACGGAGCUAAGGCAGAACGUUCCUCGCCCACAAGCGAACCUCCCUCCUUCUCCUCGCUUUUACCUCUAGCUUUAUCGGCGGUGCUUCAGUCGAGGCCUCCGUCAGGCGCGGAGUCUGAUCCUGAACAGAGGAGCGCAACGGAAGCGGCACCGCGCCGUCUCGAGCGUCUGCAGACGGAGCUGCGUGAGCUGAGGAGCCAGUUCGAACAGAUGAAGACUCAACACAACAAAGAAAUCAAACUGCUGAUGAAUGAGCUCGACGAGGAGAAGAGAAUCCGCUUGACCUUACAGAUGGAGAUUCAGAGAAUGAAGAAGCACAUGUCCAAGUGA